GUCUGCUGGAGUAAUGGAUUUUCUCUGUGAGACCCACCUAUAUAUUGAGGUGUUGUACACAGCAUACCCUGCUGCGUUCAUUUAGUCAAUUGUUAUUGACCAACGCAGGCUUGGUUGAGUCACAGGUUUACCUGGUCAAACCGCUACACAGUGACAUUGCACGCUUGUCCUCAUGGACGUCCAUCCGAGGAGACAAAAGCUUAGGGCAAGCCGAAAGCACAAUUGAAGUGACCUGCUGGGUGUUCGGUUGUAAGGCCUGGAGGUGUUACGUGGCCAGAUUAGGCCUAAUCCCCUGACCGACCCUGCCCAGGCCUCACACAGUCACCACUCCAAGGUUGUCAGUGAUUUUUCACGCUGUUCUACUGGGUGGUUCGAUGCUGCUGGUUCUGUGAGGCUUGCGAGAUCUGCGAGAACGGCAUCCUGGGCGACAGUCUGAUUCCCGAAGUUGCAUGUGGUGAUAUGAAGGCGGAAAUACUCGAGAUGCACCCCGUAACAGCGUUGUGACGAAACAAGAGCGGAUCUAGCUCACUUUGCUUUGAAUCGGAUCUUCUCAUCGGUAACCGAAGAAUCUGUAACACAAAAUAGUGUGCGAGGUAAAGUUCAUAGCGAGUCUAAGCAGAGCAUCUCGUUCUUUGUGCUGAUAAGAAAAACAAAAUUGACACAAAAAAAAGAUAGGAGAACUGGGUUAAAUUCCAACGAUAGAGUCGUAUGGUUACCCACACCAAGUAAACGUCGUCCCUGGGGUAUUCCGGCGGUACUGGUGACGAGGAUAUCUGGCCUACCCGGAGCUCAAGCCCAUCCUGUGAACCAGGCCCUUUUGUCGGGACACGCACAGAAUAUAAACCUCAGGUAAAUAAAUAAGGCAGCCCCUUUAAGUGUAACAUGCCCUUACCCAAGCCCGGCAGACAGUGUAAAGCAUACCGGCUACCCGGGGCCUAGGACCAAGCUUAUCCAUGCGUACCUCGUCAGGUCGCUGUGGCUUCAAGGUGACGACACGGUGCAUAUGCCAGCUAGUGUUGUUCAGGCUCACGAAGUGAAGCCAGGAUUGAAUACAGUGUUACCUGGUGUUAUUAUACAGCCAAGCUUUCGGGCUGGUUCAGAUACGUAUUAAGGAGGCGUCGCGCUAGCUCACCUGUUAAAGCUGAUCAGGACAUCGGCUGGUAGUGGACAGGGAACGAUUCCGCGGAUCCCUAUAGCUGGAAAAACAGGAAGUUGUGUGGAGACGACGACAUAUUGAGAAUAUUUCUUGUCACCCGGAAAAACACAGAGGUGAGGUUUGCAAAACUGGUUGUGGUGGGCGUGACUGUCAGUCCGUGUGUGAAAUUUCGCAAUUGUCAGCGGUCCAUACUCACCUGCAAAGGCGUGUCGCUGAAAGGGGUAACCCACAGCGACUCGUCAGUAACAAGCAGUGAACAUUAUUCGUGGAUUCUUUUAGCUGCUACAGAUGAUUUUUUGACAGUGUGUGGUGCUUCUUAUUUGUGACAUCACAAGACCUGUCUGAGGAAAUAUCUAGUGCUUAUUUUGAGGUUGUAAGAUUUAAACUGUUAUACUGCGUUCUGGGGAUGUCCAAGGAUCCGGGAAAAGAUUUAACGGGGAAGAAAGCCCAGUAUUAUGUGGAAUACUUGGGAUGGCGACCUUGCCGAGGUCUGGAAGGACGAGAGUUUACGGAACCCAUUGUCCAAGAUUUAUUAUGUAGGCGCCACACCGGGCAUCUACCAAAGCUGACCAUCCAAAUAAGUAAAAAAGAUAUCAAAGUUAGCAGAGAAGUCACCGAAGACGGUAAGAAAAAGAAAAUCAAAACCAUCAAGUACCCGUCUAUUCCUUCCAGGGAUGUGACGUUUGCCACACAGGCAUUGGAGCCGAACAAUGACGUUGUUGCGUGUACCUACCUUGGUUUCAAUCCAAAAACCUCCAGCUAUGUCCAUGUCCACGUGUACCGCUGUGACUCCCCACAUACAGCGAGGACAUUUGUCCAUCAUCUAAAUUCUAUCACCAGCCUUCCCGAGCACAGGAAGCGACUGGAGAAAAUCGAGCAGGACCUUCUGAGCAAGAACGCCAUCGACGUCCCGUAUCCGACAUAUGACGCCGUCCCAAACGGCCCCCAUGGAAGAUUUAACCCCUACCCUGGGGCCAGAAACCCCCGCAUGGAGAGCUCUGCCACCAGUGCUGGCACCAACGAACGGUCGCCAACGGGCAGCGAUGAUCUUGACGCUGACCUUGUUAGUUUAAAGGACGUCAAGCCGUUUGACUCCAUUGCCGACGAGUUGAAACAGAGGCUGAACGUGAAAGCUGCUCCUCUUCUCCUCCCCCCGGCCGACUACGACACAGUCAGCAGAGCCAGAGGAAAUCUGGACGAGGCCCAGAAACGCCGAACUCGAAAUCCCAUAAUCGUCGGGGAAGGUGGGUUGGAGAAAUCAGAUCCACAGAACGGAUCCACCGGAAGUGAUGAAGUAGAAACGCCCGAUAGUGACAAAGGAGAUGACCACCAGUUUCCGAGUGAAGGCUUCUAUCUGUAUCCUCCGAGAUCACCACGCGAUUUCCAAAACGAGCCUGCCAGCCCCAGAGGCAAUGUCUUCAGCCAAGCUGCAAGCAGUCCCAGGACACCUCGCCAAGGCUUGGUCCCACAACACGGGCGGCAACUCUCUAAUUCUUCAACGCACAGUCACCAUAGUAACGGAUCUGGUUCCUACCAACCAAACGGAAUGUAUGAUUCCAGAGAGCGAUUGGCUUCCGAUCGCCUCAGUGGCUUUUCAAAUAGUUCAAAUUCUCACAGAGACUUAAGUGUAAUGGAUGAACCAAGAUCGGAUUACGCAAGAAGAGACCUGCUCCAUGAUGAGGUUUUACUGCGACAAAAGGACAUUUAUCAGAGAGGUCCACAUUUGACCAAUAGCAUGCCUAAUGACGUUCUGCGUCGGGAAAUGGCGGCCGUUGCUGACAGGGACAGCUAUCCGCGUCACAGCGGUCAUUCGGGUUAUCCCGAUCGUUUCUCUCCUCGCCAACCUGCCUCUCCUCGACCCGGUGACUUCGCUGUUCGGAAGGUCAACUCUAUGUAUAGGUGAACAGUAAAUUAUUCACGCACGAAUGAGUGCUGUGCCCGAGCCCCGAGUGAUAGGAUGUGCUGUGUACUGUGUUUAUGAUAAUAAGGAUAGAUGUGUAAUUACAUAUUGUAUCGUACCUUGUUUGCAAUGACACUAAACCUGUCUGCCAUGUAAAAUAACGGCAAAUCGCGAUAAAUAUCUGUCCAUACAGACUACGUUGAACACAGAUUAACAAUGUUAGAGUUACUUGCGGUGCAACAACUAUGGGGAAAUAUUCUGUGUAAAUAUGAUGGCAAUAUCUGCUGUGUAAUAGCACUAGCGAUAUCUGCCGUGUAAGAACAGAUAUCGUGUUAUAACGCUAACCAUAUGUGUAAUAACACUGCAGAUAUGUGCUCUGUGAUAACACUGGGGAUAUUUGCCGUGUAAGAACAGAUAUCGUGUAAUAAUGCUGACCAUAUGUGUAAUAACACUGCAGAUAUGUGCUUUAUGAUAACAGUGGAGAUGUCUGCCGUGUAAGAAGAGAUAUCGAGUAAUAUUGCUGACCAUAUGUGUAAUAACACUGCAGACAUGUGCUCUGUGGUAACACUGGAGAUAUCUGCCGUGUAAGAAGAGGUAUCGUGUAAAAACGCUGACCAUAACACUGCAGAUAUGUGCUCUGUGAUAACACUGGAGAUAUCUGCCGUGUAAGAAGAGAUAUCGUGUAAAAACGCUGACCAUAACACUGCAGAUAUGUGCUCUGUGAUAACACUGGAGAUAUCUGUCGUGUAAGAACAGAUAUCGUGUAAUAACGCUGACCAUAUGUGUAAUAACACUGCACACAUGUGCUCUGUGACAACGGCAUACACUUAUUGCUGAUGUGUAAAUAUGCCCCGUAGAAAAGCGCUGGCGAUAUUUGAAGUGUACUGAAACUGUUUAUAUUAUACUUUGUAACAAAACUGGGAACUUUGUUUCGUAACAGCAUAUGAUGUAUCCUCAGCCCACUAAAUCUAAAUAUCAGCUAGGGAUAACACCAAGCACUGGAUAGUCUUUCUAUUUGCAUCUCGGUCAGAGUUCGAAAUGCUAUUGCGUUUAUUUUAUCCCCAACAUUCAGUAUGGUUAUUGUACCUAAAAACCUGACAUAUUUUCAGAGAUCGACGAUUCAUUUGUUAUUUCAGAAAAUGAUAUUUGCUAUUUUAUUAAAAUAGUACUGCUACAUAC